AUGAACCCCGUCAUGGAGGCCGAGAAAACGUCCAGCCCCAUCCCCACGGAUUCACCGGCGGCCUCUUUUCCAAGUAGACUGCCCGUAGGACCAUCUCCCUCCUCCGUCGUUGCGGGUACGGCUGGUUUACCUCCACUACACCCUCCGGGUCGACAGAAUGCCUAUUCCACCAUGAUGGAUCUCGACUCAAGUAUUGCCGAGGAUCGUGCUCGGCGAGCAACCAGUGUGAUUUCGAUGGAUGAUUUGGAAGCUGCUCAGGCGCUAGAAGGGCUCCGAUCUGACUUUGGUCAAUCUCCACGGACAACACGACAGUCUAAUACGACGGUUUCGCCAGAGCCGCCGCAACCCGAGCCGCUCUUAUCGCUGCUGACCUCUUCUCAUCCGUUGAUCUCGUCGGCCAUCAACGGGUCUGUCUCGGCUUACACUACAUCCAAGUCCUAUUCCGCUCGUUUCAAAUCCGGGGCUGAGUUCAUUGAGCGCAAUAUCGGCUCGCCUGUCGCGAAUACCGUGGGAACGGUGGGUCGCAAGACCGGUGUCGAGAGUGGUCUCCGCUGGGCAUUACAGCGACGAGAAUCCGGGUCGGAAGCGAAACCCUCCAGCAAACGCCGCAAGAUGGUCGCAGGCGAAACCACUUCAGAAUCAAUUCAGGAUGGGGACACCACCGAUAGCGCAAUGACGCUAUCACGAACUCGAAGUUCAUCAGAUCUAUCCAUGGCGGAUACGCUACCUCCAUAUGAUGAGAUGCGUUCCCCUCGCUACGAGGAGAAACCGGGCCGACAGGCUCCCGGCACAUGGCAGAGUCGGUUGGUGAUUUCAACGUCGGGUCUCGGCGUCGCCAUGAGCGAGGAGUCCCUGCGUAGUCUGCAGUACUGCCUGACCUGGCUGCGAUGGGCAAACGGGCGUCUGGGACGAGCCAUUGUGGCUCUUCAGAAGGCAAUGGCAGAAUGGGAGAACGAGAAGCAGCGUGAGGGCACCGACCUCGAGGGUGGACCGCGGGCGGACAACGCGGACAGCGCCUCUCUCCUCACUCAGCGCAUGCAAGCCGUGAAGACGGAUAUUCUUUCUACCCUGAAGCAAGUGGUGGAUGUAGUAUCCAAGUAUGCCGGUGGCGCCCUGCCAGAGAAUGCCCGGCAUCUGGUCCGCCGACACUUGACGUCUUUACCCCAUCGCUUCCAGAUGGCAAGCACAUCUCAGCCGCCCCCAGAUUCACCCGAGGCAUCCUCGGAUGCGAGAGUCGGUGCGCACCGAGUGCUCGUAUUGGCUAACGAGGGCUUGGAUAUUCUCGGUCAAGUCAGCGGUGUGGUGAAUGACACUCUUGUCAGCGCUGAGCACUGGUGUGAGCGCUUGGGACGCAAGCGCCCGGAGAACAAAUCCGCCUCUGACGCGGAGAAACAGAGCCAUCUCCCCCCUACCUCCGCUGUUCAGACGGAGGGUGCGGAUAUCAAGCCCCCCAUUGUGUCCGAGCCGGUACCACGGGAGGACAUUCAAAUGACUGGAAUCGAAAGGGCGUAG